CUCUCUCUCUCUCUCUCUCUCCCCUACCUAUAUCCGUAUCUAUCUAUUGCUACGAUUCGUUUUGUAGUCCAGGGUCAUUAGAAAUGGCAGAGCCUUCAAAAGUCAUUCACGUCCGUAAUGUGGGGCAUGAAAUUAGUGAGAAUGAUUUGCUUCAGCUGUUCCAGCCAUUUGGGGUCAUUACCAAGCUUGUGAUGCUUCGUGCAAAAAAUCAGGCACUCCUCCAAAUGCAGGAUGUUCAUUCAGCAAUUAAUGCAUUGCAGUUCUACACAAAUGUGCAGCCUAGCAUAAGGGGAAGGAAUGUUUAUGUUCAAUUUUCAUCGCAUCAAGAAUUAACAACCAUGGAACAGAAUACUCAAGGACGAGAAGAUGAGCCUAAUCGAAUUCUCUUAGUUACAAUACAUCACAUGCUAUAUCCUAUAACCGUGGAAGUGCUGCAUCAAGUGUUUUCUCCUCAUGGAUUUGUGGAGAAGAUCGUCACGUUUCAGAAGUCAGCUGGCUUUCAAGCUCUUAUUCAGUAUCAAUUACGUCAGAGUGCUGUUGCUGCUAGAAACUCACUUCAGGGGCGUAAUAUAUAUGAUGGUUGCUGUCAGCUGGACAUUCAGUUUUCAAACCUUGAUGAGUUGCAAGUGAACUUCAAUAAUGAGCGGUCAAGGGAUUUCACAAACCCAUCUCUGCCUUCAGAGCAGAAGGGCAAAUCCUCGCAACCUGCAUAUGGAGAUGUGUACGCUCUUCAAGCUUCUGGAGCCAGAGCAGUUGGAUUUCCACAGGUGGGUAUGGCUCUGAUUGUGUUGUGGGCCCCAUGUGAGAUCUCUCUUUCAGAGCUGGGAUAUUCAUCUCAGCCAGCAUUCUUGAGGGAAUAUUUAGAUGUCUAUUUGUCGACCUCUCGUUACAAGAUCUGCCAUUAACAGUGAAAUUCGGGCACAAUGAUUGUCUAACUGGUGCUAUUCAUAAUAUCCUAUCUCUUGAUCUCAUGGUCUUCAUCUGGCCUUUUUUAUAAUAAACCAUGGAGAUUUGAUGAAGAGUAUGAUGGGCCUGGGGUUUUUAGGUUCAUAUCUAUUAUUGGGGAGGGACCAAACUAUAACUAGGAGAUUUCUAGUAUAUUGGGCUUCUUUAAUGGUUGCCACUGAUCAGAGGCUAUUAUUUAGCUUCAUGUAUGCAGAAUUUCUCUUUUCAUCACUACAUAUUACAAUUUACUUGAAGGGAAAAACCUUUUCUUGACCUUCUGUACAAGUAUAUAUGUGUUAUGUAUAAUUAUAUAUUCACAUGCAUGUAUAUUUUGAGGACAGUUGCCACUAAAAGAUGUAACCCAAUUUUCUUUUGUUU